UUCGCGCCCGGUCGGCUGCUGCAGCGCCGCCCCUCCCCCGCCGGCUUCUCCUUCUUCUCCUCCUCCUCCUCGCCGCGGAGUCUGCGUGAGACGUGCCCGGGCGGACCCAGUAGCCGCGGCCUUCUCCCCUGCCCAGCGCCCCGCCACUGAGUCGCAUGUCAGCGAUCCAGAACCUCCAAUCCUUCGACCCCUUUGCUGAUGCAACUAAGGGUGACGACUUACUCCCAGCAGGGACUGAAGAUUACAUUCAUAUAAGGAUCCAACAGCGAAACGGGAGGAAGACGCUAACUACUGUCCAGGGCAUUGCAGAUGAUUAUGACAAAAAGAAACUUGUGAAGGCCUUCAAAAAGAAAUUUGCUUGUAAUGGUACUGUGAUUGAGCAUCCUGAAUACGGUGAAGUAAUUCAGCUUCAAGGUGAUCAGAGGAAGAACAUUUGCCAAUUCCUCUUGGAGAUCGGCAUUGUCAAGGAGGAACAGCUGAAAGUUCAUGGCUUCUAAAAUGCAUAUGUUCACAUGAAGAAUUCUGCAGUUUUUGUUCUUAUAUAGGCUGGCUAUUCUGUGAAAUAUGAGUUUUUGCAGUAAACGGACUUCCCUAUUACCUGAGCAUUUAAAGUUUGAUUCACGUUUGCAUGACUACAGGAUAUACAUGAUAUAUAGACUAGAAACGCAUAAGAAAACUGCAGUAAGAUGGUAAUUAAAAGACCCUUGUGAAUUUUAACGCAUUUCCAAUGGAAAUGUUUUAGUGCUGAUUUGGUUUAUUAUUUUAAUCUGAUUUAAGUGUGUGUGUUGUAUUAAGACUGUGUGUGUUGCAGCUUAAAAUAAAAAGCUAUUCAUAUUUUCAGUAUUUGGAAUGCUUAAGCUAGUCUUGCACAAGCAGAAUCCUAAUUAAAGAACAAGUAAAGCAGGUAUGUAGCAGGUGUAGCUCACUGGACAAACUGGAAGGUCUGCAUAAUGAAGUACUUGCUAAUUAAGCUGAAGUAGAUGAGCUUUCAUGUGAUCUCAUACCAUGGCUGAAGAUGGUAGAGCUUUAAAAACCUCUUGUGAGUAGGAGCAUUUAAAUACCAAUUUCAUUAUCAAAGACAAUAGUUGCCUGUUCAGUCAGUAACUGGAUCUUCCAUCUUAAACUUAGUAGGUAAUCAUUGUAUUCUGAAAUGUUAAUGUUACACACAAGGGGAUUUCAGUAAGCUAAAUUCAAAGCUCUUGGUACAGUUAAUGUACUUAGAAUCUAGGUCUUUCAUGACAGCCGGUGCCAUUUCGGCACCAUGAAACGCAUAGAAAGGCAAGAUCCUACCCUUUUUUUUCCCUAAUAGAGGGGAAGGAUCUUGAGAUUACCCUGUGGUAGGAAGCACAGUUGUGACAGAAGAUCAGUGCCACCAUUAGUUGGGGUGGAGCAAAGAACAAGCUUUGCAUUAGUCAAAGAAUAAAAAGUAGUUGUUUUUGUUGUUAGGUAUUUGGUAUCUAGAAGUUAAAAAGCAGGUUCCAAGCUUUCAAUAGAUAAGGGGAUUGAUAUUAAGGAUUGUUGUACCUUAUUAGUGACAAAUACUGAAAAAGUUUUAGUUUCCUCAUUAGGUUGAAGUUAUUGCCACAAGCUGCUACAGGUUGCCUUUUUUACACAACAAAACCUAACUAUUCUGUUUUGUUAGGCCAGCUCCACUAAGCUGGCUCCCUACUUUCCAUUAAUGCUAACCUAAAAGCACUUGAUAUUUCAAUCUCUGACCUAUGCCUGUUGUUAGAAAAGUAAAUAAAAUUAUUGCUACUACUGGAA